AUGGCGAAAGCCGUGCACCCACCACAAAUCCAAACAAGCGCGUACGCAUUCGGCGACGAUUCAGCUCCAGCUAUUCAUCGGACGAAUCAUCGGCCGACAAUUCCGUUUGUCAACGUCGCAUAUGCAAGUCCGGCGACACCUCGUUGGCAGCCACUGGAUAGGGGUCGACGGUCCAGCAAGAUGGACAGGCGACUGCUAAACCGUCGCACAAACCAGAGACCGGAAGGUGCUGGGCGCGGAGACAGAAUCCGAGGAUGCACGAUGCUUCUUCACGAUUUUCUUCUUGAAUGCCUUCUUUCAUGCGCUUGGCUUGUAAAGCCGACGCCGCUUGGAGGUGGCCCCCACGACAUCACCGCCCAGAUGAAGUGCGGAUUCCACUGUGUGAUGUCGACGUUCGGG